GCUGUGUCAUUACCAAAUAGCUACAGUGUUCCUUCUUCGUUACUUACGUGGCCCCUUCUCCCCUUUUUUCUCAACGAUCUCUUAUCUUCAGAAAAUGACCUUUCCUCCAUAUAUAAGAAUAAGCCCUUUAAUUAUUUCAUCUUAAAGUUCAAUCGGUCGGUACCACAAAUUCCUUAGUAGAUUACUAGUUAAUCCGAGUUUCCGUUUCAAGGUCAAGAACUAAAAAAAUGGCUUCAGGACGGCAAAGAGAAGAACACGACGCCAGUGCAAGGCAGGGAGAGAGUGGUGGGACUGGGGACAACAACCUUCAACUGCACCGUGGAGGGCAAACAAAGGGAGAGCAUCUUUGGGUACCAGGAUACCAGGAAUCAAGAGGCCAUCAACAUCAAGGACAGCAGAAAAAAGAGCAGCAUGGAACUGAAAGCAACAAAGAGAUGGGACAUGGAGGGGCUGGAGAAGCAGGUGAAGUCAACCAAGGGAUUGAUAUUGAUGAAUCUACUGGCUAGUAAUAGUAAUAGCCCCAAAUGAUCACAACUCUUCAUAAACGGUAUU